UUGUUUGAAUAAUACCAGAAACAUAAAUUAUAGUAACUCAAAUAUUUUGUUUAUUAUCAAUAUCUAUAAUUCUAUCACACAUUCAAAUUUAAGACACGUAUUAUUUUGCAUAUUUAUCAUAGUUAUAUAUUUUAAGUAUAAUUUAUACAAAGGAUAAUUACAAAAAAUCAAAAAUUUUCAUUUAAUUUUUUAUUAUGGAACCACAGUAUAACAACAAAAGUACAGCUGUGAAACGUUUAAUGAGAGAAGCAAUUGAACUCUCACAACCUACUGAUGAAUACAGUGCACAUCCAUUGGAAGACAAUUUGUUUGAAUGGCACUUUACCAUGAGAGGACCACAAUCUUCUGAGUUUGAAGGGGGGAUUUAUCAUGGUAGAAUUUUAUUACCAUCAGAAUAUCCAAUGAAACCACCUAAUAUUAUAUUACUUACUCCUAAUGGAAGAUGGGAAACAAAUAAAAAAAUAUGUCUAAGUAUAUCUAGUCAUCACCCUGAAACUUGGCAACCAUCUUGGUCAAUAAGAACAGCUCUAUUAGCAUUGAUAGCUUUUAUGCCUACAAAUGGACGUGGAACAUUAGGAUCACUUGAGUAUACCCCAGAAGAGCGUCAAAAUUUGGCAAAAAAAUCUAAAACUUGGGAUUGUGAAAAUUGUGGUAAAAUAUCUAAUUUAUUAGCUGAAAAUAAGGCUAAACCUAUAACUAAAGAAGAAAGUGAACUUAUAAGUAAUUUGUUGUUUAAGGAAGAAGAUAUCGAACAGGAGUCAAAGCAGCCUGAUAAAGAUGUAAAUGAAUUUUCUGAAAUAACUAAUCAGUCAAUAACCAUUAAUUUUACAACUUCAAAUUUUCUCAAAGAUGCUAUAUGUUCAGAUGUAGGCAUUUACCUUAUGUAUUUUAUCAUAACUCUAAUUGGUGUAUUAGUAGCUCGGAGAUUUUAUAGUGUCUAAAUUAUAUUUAUUGUAAUUGAUUUAAAGAAACCUUAUUGUCUUAAAACGUUAUUCCUUUUAUCAUUAAAUUAUCAUUGAAAAAUUUUCUUAAAUAUUA